AUGAGGCUCAACUUGAGCUUCUGCUUGAAGGCCGACGGAUCAGCAGUUACGAUACGGAUCACGCCAGUCAUCCGACAAGCCUGCAUGGUUGUGAGCAUGGUUGUCGUCUACGGCAGCACGUUGUAUGACGAGACUCUCACGCGUGUCCAAACCACGGUUUAUGCGUCGCAUGACAGAGACGAAGUACAUAGCUUGUUUCGCUUUAUUUCGUUCUUGACAGGCAACGAGUGUCAGCUACUAUCUCGUGUCUGCAUCAUCGAAACUGGUACCACGCUGCUCGAAGACGAUACGAAUGGGUCAUGUUAUCCCCACAACAAGGUUGGUGCGGUUCCCACGAUGUUCGUGCGCGCUACUUCAUGCGUUGGCGAGUGCAGUCACUACUCGGCAUCAUUGCGCUCCCUCGUACUGUCACUGACAACCUGGUCCUUGCGUCCAUUAUCGACAAUGUCGCCGCUUUCGGUGGGACGAGAGUUCCUUUCUAUUCUGCUUGCAGUGCAGUAA